AUUCCCGGAAGUGCCUGACCGUUUGUUCCUCCUUUGUUUUUGCUGUUAGAGCCAGAGACAAGCCGUGAAGCGGGUUCAUCCAACUUCAUUCUACUCGAUGUUAGUCGGUGGGUUUGGACACAGAUUCUCAUCUUUUGAUACUUAGGAGCAGUUUGAGCUCAAAUCUACCCAAGUCUUUUUCCUCCUGGAUAUCUCGGUGCUCUCCGCUGUAGUUAGUCGGUACCGGAGCUCCUAACUCUCGUGCAGUGAAGCGGAGACGGUCACUGGAUGUAAAUUCGGGCUGUGUGAGCUGCACUAACGUCCAUGAGCAAAGUUCUAUCCAACAUCCCAUUCUGAAAGAAGACAAAGGUGGAUUUUAAGUGAAACUUAAAAGUUGUAUUUGGACAAAGACAAAGAUCACCUGAUUCCAGCAAACAUGGAUGGAAAGCCCACCUGUGACCAUUGUGGGAAGACUUUCAGCAGAAUGAGUGGGCUUAAAAGACACCAACAUAUCCACACUGGAGAAAGACCAUAUGAGUGUGACCAGUGUGGGAAGGCUUUCACCACAGCAUAUGACUUAAAAGUUCACCAACGCAUCCACACUGGAGAAAGACCAUAUGACUGUGAUCAGUGUGGGAAGACUUUCACCCAAAUGGUUGGGCUUAAGGGACACCAGCGGCUUCACACUGGAGAAAGACCAUAUGGCUGUGAUCAGUGUGGGAAGACUUUCACCCAAAUGGCUGGGCUUAAGAGACACCAGCGUAUCCACACUGGAGAAAGGCCAUAUGGCUGUGACCAUUGUGGAAAUGCUUUCAUCACAGCAGAUUACUUAAAAAUCCACCAACGCAUCCACACUGGAGAAAGGCCAUACUACUGUGACCAGUGUGGGAAGACUUUCACCAAAAAAGAUGGGCUUAAGACCCACCUGCGCAUCCACAGAGGAGAAAAACCAUAUGGCUGUGAGCAUUGUCAAAAGACUUUCAGCACAGCAGAUCACCUAAAACGCCAUCAACAAAGCCACACUGGAGAAAGACCAUAAAACUGUGACCAGUGUGGGAGGACUUUCACCCUCAUAUGUAUGCUUAAAGACCACCUACAUGGACUUCUGGUAAAAUUUUGAAGAGAGUAGCCACAUAGUUUUGAGCUCCUACAUGUCAGUUAAAAUAGCCCCACUAAAAUUGAUUGACUUGAUAUACAAACAUUUUAUACCUUGUAAUGACUAGAAAUAAUCAAUGCGAAAGCCACAGAAUCAAGAAAUCAACUCAAGAACAGGCUGCAAUGUCGACACUACCUGAACGCAAUGAGGCUGAACCUGGAGACCACAUCGAGAUCCUCCAAGCGGGGCUAGCAAGCAUCAGCAGAGACAUAAAAGACUUCCACCAAAACAUCAGAGAGGAGCUGCAAGAAUUUAAGAACAAUAUAAGUACAAAUGAAAAAAGAACUGACUUUGCUUAGGGAAGAUAUUUACCACAAACUCUGAAAAAAAUAACAAAGCUACAAAAGCAAAAGCCUAAGUUAGCUGAAGCCGAGGGCCGCAUAACUGAGCUGGAGGAGCGAAAUACUGAUGGAAACGAAGCACUGCUGAAACUACUAAACCAGACCCAACAUAUGCAAAAAAUGAAAAAAAAAAUGGACCAGGAAACAAGGUCACUGAGAAAUAAUAUCCACAUCUUCAGUCUUCCAGAAAAAAACAGAAGGAAACUCUAUGAUCAACUCCUAAGAACAGAACUGGAGAUUGCUGAGGAAACACCUGCAAAUACAGCGCACCCGCAGAAGCCCUCCACAAAAGCAGAGCACAGAUGUGCCUCUGAGAUCAGUAGUAGUCAACUUUCUGCAGUUUGAAAUCAAAGAAAUGAUCCUGACAAAGGUGUUACAAAAGAACCUAAAAGUGGAAGAAAAAAUAAUACAAUAGAGACCGAGAGAAAUGUACAAAACGCUCUUAUUGAAAAAUCUGACCAGGGUAAGGAUUCAAUAAAUAACAUAAAUGUGAAGUGGUAAAAAUAUAAUGACUGGGAUACAGUAGAGAGCAAUAUUUGGUAUUAAACAGGCUCCAUUUACAUAGAAACAAAAAGUUAUACAUCACUAUGGGAGAUUACUAGCAUUCUGUGGCUUAAACUAUAAUUAUUUAAUUCAUUACUAACCGACAGAGAAAGGAACAAGUUUAAAAAUGUUGGACACUUCUAGACAGAGGACAGAUCGACAAACUGGAUAUAUAACAUGGUCUAGGGAUGGGCCCUUGUGAGAUUAGGAUUCCCUGUCCACCCUCCAACAGGGACAGGGUGAGUACCCCAAUAUGGAAGUUCAAUGUUGUUCAUAUUGUUCAUAAAAUGUUUCACAUUUGCUUUGUUUCAAGUUGCUUGGGUGAACAUGCACAUGCAAUAACUCAAUAUAAUGGUAUAUAACAGUCUGAAAAUAUUGUCACUAAAUAUAAAUGGGUUGAAUUCACCUCUAAAGAAAGGAAAAGUCAUGACAAAACUGAAAAAAGAGAGGGUUCAAAUCAUAUUUCUACAAGAGACCCACCUAUCUAAGUCAGAACAUGAAAAACUAAAAAAAAUGUAGCUGUAGGAAUUCAUAUGACAGUUUGUAUAAACAAGGAAAUAGAAGAGGAGUCAUAAUAUUAAUAUCCAAUUCACGGAAUUUCUCUGUGAAAAAGAAAUCCCAGAUAAAGAGGGAAGAUAUGUCAUUGUGAAGGGAGAACUGGAAAAUAAACCAAUCUUUUGAUUUGUUUUCAAUAUAACAACAAUAGAAACUGAAGGCAUAUUAAUUUGUGGAGGAGAUUUCAACAUAGUGAUAAAUCAUAAAUUGCAUACAUGUCUUUUGUAAAUAUGAUCAAAUAAAUGUGUUUUGGGAGAUGGUGUGUGGAGUGUUACAACAAAUAAUGGGGGAUGAGAUUCCAGUGUGCUGUGAUGGACUGUGUUUGUGGAACUUGUCUGAUGAAAGUGUAAUGGGAAACCACAUAUACUUGGUUCAUAUACUUUUAGUGGUUU